AUGCUGCCCUCGCCCCCGCUCGUUCCGCUGCCCCAGCGGCCAGGGCACGCUAGAACAGUCCCCGGGCCGCGCCAGCCCCAGCCCCAGCCCCACCGCAGGGACCUCCCCAGCUCCCCGCGAGGGGGCGCCUGCCGCGGGCUGGGCGGCUCGGCGCCGCGCUGUACCACGGACCCGCUGUGGAAGUGCCGGACCAAGUACACCGUGCGGCCCGUGGGCAUGAAGAAGACGGGCGGCCGCGACCACACAGGCCGCAUCCGCGUGCGGGGGAUCGGCGGGGGACACAAGCGGCGCUACCGCAUGAUCGAUUUCCAGCGCCUGCGCUACGAGAAGGGGGCCCCGCCGGAGCCCUUCACCGAGAAGGUCAUCAGCGUCCGAUACGACCCGUGCAGGUCGGCUGACAUCGCCCUGGUGGCCGGCGGCAACCGCAAGCGCUGGAUCAUUGCCACGGAGAACAUGCAGCCAGGGAACAGCAUCACGAGCUCGCCUCACAUUGGCAGGAUGGCAGUGUCAGCCAGCGAAGGGGACGCAUACCCGCUGGGGGCUCUGCCUGUCGGCACGCUGAUCUGUAACCUGGAGAGCCACCCUGGGAAGGGAGCGCAGUACAUCCGGGCAGCUGGUACUUGUGGGCUGCUGCUGAGGAAAGUGAAUGGGACAGCCAUCGUGCAGCUGCCCUCCAAAAGGCAUAUUCAGGUGCUGGAGACCUGUGUGGCCACGGUGGGCCGCGUGUCCAACGUGGAUCACAACAAGCGGGUGAUCGGGAAGGCGGGCCGGAACCGCUGGCUGGGCAAGCGCCCGCACACGGGCUUGUGGCACCGCAAGGGCGGCUGGGCCGGGCGCAAGAUCAAGCCUCUCCCACCCAUGAAAAGCUAUGUCAACCUGCCACGGGUCACAGCAGUGGAGUGAUGCCCGGGGCCAAUAAAGCGUUUUUCAUACCACU